AUGUCCCAUUUGUCUUUGAAAGUAGGCCAGGUCAAGAAACAGACACUCCAGGAAUACCACUCCAUUGCUGUACUGUACAGGUGUCAAACCCGCUGUGUCACAUUGCCAUCAGUUUGCCAGGAAGCAGUAUGGGAAGCUUUCCAGAUCUUUUUGGAUCGGAUUCCCGGUACAACCGAAUACCAGAACUGGGUGACAGCUUGUCAGAGAGAAACUUUCUAUAUAUUUGACAUUGGCAAAAAUUUUAGCAAUUCCCAAGAGCACCUGGAGAUAAUUCAAAGGCGAGUAAAGCACAGAACAUUCCAGGAUAGAAAAGAGGACAUUUCUCCAGAAAAAUCAGGUGGCAAAAAACCUGAGGAACCGCCUUCUGUUGUUACAGAUACCCUUGGGAAUGAGAUUGUCAAUGACACCAAAACGCCAGGAAAGCCAGAAGUUCCAAAUAUCAUUUCCAAGCUGCCUGUGGAGCAAACGGUGGAGUUCAGUGUCACUGUCAGCAACCAGGAAUAUACACCAGACCUGAAUAACCCGGGUUCUCCUCUGUAUCAGAAACUAGCAGCAAAAUAUCAAGUCCAGAUGCAAAAGAUAUUUGAAAAACUUGCAGGUUUCAAAGAAAUCCGCGUCCUGGGAUUUAGACAGAAGAAGGAAAAAGAUGGGACAAGCAGCACUGUGGCACAAUAUAUCGUCAACUUUGAAAGAGAUGGUUCAGAAUUACCUGCGGAUGGUACUGACAUCAAAAAAAUUGAAAGCGAGAAGGGCACUCUUGGUGAAGAGAAGGAAACACCUACAUUUGUACCGAAACUAGCAGAUCUUCAGCAGAUGGUUGCCAUGCUCCUACAAGAAGAUAAAUCAUUAUUCGUGGACUUUGAAACACUCCAGUUUAAGGAUGAAAUCAUCAGGCCACCUAGUGAUAUAAAUAAUGAUAUGCAGCCAAUGGUAACAGAUGUUCUGGCCGGAGCUGAGUUGACUUCUGAAAUCCCUUUCAUUUAUGCAAAUGUAGUAACAGUAACAAAAACCUUCAGUGAAGUAAAUUACCCAGGCUCCACCAUGACUUCUACUGUCUUGGAUACCACAGGGAUUCUCUUUCCUUCUACAUUUAAAGAAAUCACCACUCAGAAGAUUGAAGAAGAAACAACAAAAUAUACAAUUUCCAGCAUCCUCUCUGAGCAAAGAUUUCUCCUGGAAGUUUUGAAAUUCACUUUGAUUUUUUCCAGCAAAACCAUUUUUAUGCUGGUUCCCUACCUAGAAUCCAAUCUUACAGGAUUUAAGCAGUUGGAAAUUCUGAAUUUCCGCAAUGGAAGCGUGAUUGUAAAUAGCAAAAUGAAGUUUGUGGAGUCAGUACCAUACAACAUCACCAAGGCUGUUCACUGUGUGUUGGAAGAUUUCUGCAAUGCAGCUGCUCGGCGUCUUAACUUGCAAAUUGACAGCUCUUCUCUUGAAAUAGAGCCAGCGGAUCAAGCAGAUCCUUGCAAGUUCUUGGCAUGCGGUGAAUUCUCACGGUGCCUAAAGAAUGACUGGACAAAGGAGGCAGCUUGUCUUUGUAACCCUGGUUAUGCGAGAAAAAAUGGCCCGCUUUGCCGUAGCAUAUGUGAGACAGAGCCAUACCUCUGUGCUAAUGGUAGCAAAUGCGAACUGAUUCCAGGAAGAGGUGCAGUGUGUAGUGUUAAAUCAGCUCAGCCACAGAUUAUUUCUCAAAAGCCAGAAUCUACCUAA